UUGAAAAAAUGUCAACCAUUAAACGACGAUGACCCUGAUAUCUGUUACCUAAUUUCACAAUACCAUGGCGCCGCCCAAUUCUGGCAGGCAAUCCCAAACUAUUAGAACCCGAUCUUCCUCGGUUCAUAAACCUCCGAUACUAUUCAGAACAUUCCAGUCCAUUUUCACGUAAACAAAGGAACCAAAGAACAAAAGAAGAAGAACCAAGUACGAAGAAAGUUCCCUUGUCUUCUUUUUGUUCUUGGGCUUCAUUUCUCUUGCAAUAAAGACAGAUAAAAAACCCUAAUCUUUUGUAAAUUCUCGAGAAAUGGUUGAUGUAGCCGAUAAAUUGGCAUAUUUUCAAGAGGUCACGGGUCUUGAAGAUCCCGAUUUGUGUACGGAAAUCCUCCAGACCCAUGGUUGGGACCUCGAACUCGCCAUCUCUUCCUUCACCUCUUCGAAUCAGACCUCCGCUUCGACUACUAACUCUGACUCACAGCCUCGCGAUUCACUUAACCGGACCGAAUCCGCCUCCGGUUCCGGUAGCGUUGCCGAUCCCUCCCCUGGUUUAGCGUGGAAACUCGUUGCAUUGCCGAUCUCCGUGAUAUCUGGUAGUCUAGGGUUGGUCUCUGCCGCUGUUGGACUCGGUCUAUGGGCCGCGGGCGGAGUUGUUUCGUAUUCCCUUGGGAUGAUCGGGCUGGGAUCUGGGCGGGGCGGGGAAUCAUCGGCACGAUUAGUCUCGGUUUCAUCUGCGGCUUCUGAAGCGAUGGAUUUCGUGGCGGCAUUUGAGAGAGACUAUGGGACGACGAGGCCGAAUUUUAUCGGCGAGGGUUUCGUGGACGCGUUGCAGAGGUCAAGGGACGAAUUUAAGCUGUUGUUUGUAUACUUGCACUCGCCAGACCACCCGGAUUCUCCAGUAUUCUGUGAGCGGACUUUGUGUUCAGAGGCGGUGGCGGCCUUUGUGAAUGAGAAUUUUGUGGCGUGGGGCGGGAGCCUUAGGGGUAGUGAAGGUUUUAAAAUGAGUAAUAGCUUGAAAGCCUCCAGCUUCCCGUUUUGUGCCGUGGUUAUGCCUGCUGCGAACCAGAGGAUCGCCCUUCUUCAACAGGUUGAGGGACCAAAAUCUCCCGAAGAAAUGCUCACAAUACUACAGAGAGUGCUUGAAGAAAGUGCUUCUGUUCUUGUUGCUGCAAGACUGAAUGCAGAAGAGAGAAGAAACAACAUGCGUUUAAGGGAGGAGCAAGAUGUUGCUUACAGAGCAGCACUUGAAGCUGAUCGAGCUAGGGAACACCAAAAAAGGGAGGAGCAAGAACGACUGGAAAGGGAAGCUGCAGAAGCUGAGCAGAAACGAAAGGAAGAAGAAGAAGCUCAUGAAAGAGCAGCACGUGAAGCUGCCGAAAAAGAGGCUGCCCAAGCUAGAAUGCGGCAAGAAAAAGCCUUGUCACUUGGUGAUGAACCUGAGAAAGGACCAAAUGUUACACAAGUUUUGGUACGCUUUCCUACUGGUGAACGCAAAGAAAGGAGGUUUCACAGUACUGCAACAAUCCAAUCUUUGUAUGACUAUGUUGAUUCUUUGGGUUGCUUAGAGGUUGAGGAUUACAGUCUUGUCUCCAACUUUCCUAGAGUUGCAUAUGGUCCAGAGAAGCGCUCCUUGACCUUGAAAGAGGCAGGAUUACAUCCUCAGGGCAGCCUUUUUGUGGAGCUAAACUAGUCUGAAGAAGUUGAUAGUAUCCAGUUGUAUUAUGAAUGGUAGUUUCAAAGAUUCCAGCAAGGGGAGUACAUAUUUUCUUAUGUUUCUUUCUCGUUUCAACAUAAUUAGCAAUGAUAAAUUGAGACAAAGAUAGCUCCAUGUCUCUGAAUAUUUCACUUUUCUUCAAUCCAGAUUCACUCAACCAAAUGGCUGAGUUUAACAUGGGCUUUUAGAAUUCUGUAAGAAUUCUACAUGAUCAUGGUGUUCUUUAUUCUGCCGCAUGCCAGUUCAAGCGAUGGCAUGUCAAAUGUUCUGACUUGAAAAACAGAACAGAUAACCGGUUAUUGUAUGAGAACAAUUUUUAUACCGGUUAUUGUAUGAAAAAAAUUUAUCUGACGAGUAUAUGAUACAUGCUUCCUGGCUGCACUGUCUUUAGGAAUAUCAUCCCAACUCCUAAGCGCCUGUUAGCAGUUCGUAAGUAUAUAGUUUCAAAGUUUUAAUAAUAAAAGGUUAAAGGAGGGAGUAAUCAUUUCAUACAAUUUUGAGUAUCUUAACACCCAUCACCAUAAUUUGUAUAAUAAUGAUAUUUUUAUCUAGAUUUAACAAUGAAAUUGUCCAUAUUUGACUCUCAAUUGGAUCACAGAUUGUUCCUCACUUGCAAGCCGGUGAACAACUUUAGGUCACCAUGUUUAUUUUUGCAUUAGAUUUUAAAAAAAAAAAUGCAUUCAAUUAUAUGAAAUAGACUUGCAGAUGUCCAAGUUGAUAAGCUAUGAAAUCAGAACGGACGUGAAGACAUUGUCGAAACACGCUUAAUAUGGAUAUCCAGAAUUAAGCAAAGAAAAUGUGGUUAAACUAGCCUGAAAAAUUGACAGGAAUAUUCUUUCCCUAAGAAAGAAAUAGAGAUGCCCAUAUUGCAUGGUCCUCUAAAAAGAUUCAGUGAGUGAAAAGAAAAGAGUUCUGAUAAUUUAUGCAUUGUCAUGUGAAAACUGAAAAAGGUGGAAAUGGACAUGAAACAAACCUCCAAUCAAUAUUAAGAAAAAAUAAACAAAUAAACACCCUGUCCUUAAUGGAAAAGGAAAAUGCCUUGGCCUGUUGAAUGGUUCUAGUAGCCUUCGAGGGGGCAUUAGUCGGCCUUCCAUGGAAAAGGAAAAUUGACGCUGAUUUCCCGCCUUUAUCUUUAUUUUUUAUAUAA